GCACGGGCCGCCCCGUGUUUCCUCCCCUCCUCCUCAUGACUACAGCCCAUGUGAGGCCUGUGUACACACAUCGGGGAAUGGGCGCUCUGUUAGUCCUGUCCUGGUCACUGUGUGUAUCGCCGAGCUACAGACAGGCUCCCCCUCUUCCCCCCCCGCCUCUCUCCGCCGCCAGCCAUGCGCGAUUACGAUGAGGUGACCUCUUUCCUGGGAGAAUGGGGUCCCUUCCAGCUGACCAUCUUCUUCCUGCUCAGCGCCAGCAUCGUCCCCAAUGGCUUCACCGGGCUGUCCGCCGUCUUCCUGACCGCCACCCCUGAACACCGGUGCAGUGUGCCGGACAGUGCCAACCUGAGCCUGGCUUGGAGGAAUGUCAGCAUCCCCUGGGAAGAGAAGGAUGGAGUUCUGGUACAGAGCAGGUGCUGGAGGUACAAGCUAGACACCCUGAGGAGCUUCUCUGAUCAGGGACUCCUUCCUGGGCUGCAUGUCAAUGUCAGUGACUUGGAGAAGGAGAAGUGCCUGGAUGGAUGGGACUAUGACAGGGACAUCUAUCACUCCACUAUUGUCACUGAGUGGGACUUGAUUUGUGAAAAUGACUGGAAAGGACCAUUAACUACCUCACUUUUCUUCUUGGGAGUGCUUUUCGGUUCGUUUGUGUCAGGACAGAUGUCGGACAGGUUUGGCAGGAAAAAGGUCCUGUUUACUACCAUGGCUGUCCAGACUGGAUUCAGCAUAAUACAAGUCUUCUCUGUCAGUUGGGAGAUGUUUGCAGUGUUAUUCCUCAUUGUUGGCAUGGGACAGAUAUCCAAUUAUGUAGCAGCUUUUAUACUCGGUGCAGAAAUACUAGGCAAAUCAGUGCGCAUUAUAUUCUCUACGCUGGGAGUCUGUAUAUUCUACGCCAUCGGAUAUAUGCUGCUGCCACUAAUAGCGUUCUUCAUUAGAGAUUGGCGGAUGCUGCUGCUGGCCCUCACUAUUCCUGGAUUGUUCUGCAUUCCCCUGUGGUGGAUUAUCCCAGAGUCACCACGAUGGCUGCUAUCCCAAGGCAGAAUUACAGAAGCUGAAGAUAUAAUAAGGAAAGCAGCUAAGAAAAAUGGCAUAACGGCACCAGAAAUAAUAUUCAGUUUAUCUGAGCUGCAAGAUGUGAAAAACCAGUUCCACAAGGCUUACAAUUUUAUUGACCUCAUUAAAACAAGGAAUAUCCGUAUUGUGACAUUUUUAUCAAUUUUACUCUGGAUGAUUAUAUCUGUGGGAUACUUUGGCUUAUCACUAAACACCCCUAAUUUGCAUGGCGAUCCUUACUUGAAUUGUUUCCUGUCUGCUAUCAUUGAAGUCCCUGCUUAUGUCAUGGCAUGGGUGCUGCUACGAAGAUUCUCUCGAAGAUACUCCACGUCAAGCACACUGUUCCUCGGGGGUGUGGUUCUUCUUUUCAUCCAGCUUGUGCCUCAAGAGCUUGGCAUCUUGUCCAUCGUGUUGGUCAUGCUUGGGAAAUUUGGGAUUACAUCAGCCUUCUCCAUGGUAUACGUGUACACUGCAGAGCUCUACCCUACAGUAGUAAGGAACAUGGGAAUUGGGGCCAGUUCUAUGGCAUCCAGAUUGGGCAGCAUUUUAUCCCCUUAUUUUGUUUAUCUUGGUGCCUAUGACAGACAUCUCCCUUUUGUCUUGAUGGGCAGUCUAACAGUUCUUGUGGGGAUUUUUACCCUCUUCCUUCCAGAGACUAAUGGCAUGCCUUUGCCGGAUACUAUUGAGGAGAUGCUCAGAGUGAAAGGGUUUAAGUACAAAAAAGGAAUUCCAGUUUCAAGGCAAAAUAAUGGGAAUAUGAAAGUCCUUUCAAACACGGCAUUAUAAGACUACAAGCAGGCGUCCUUCCUACACAUAUGGGAUUAUUCAUCUUGACGAGUUUCUGUAAAGAUCUACAUACAUUUCUGUUCACUCUUAUUCAGCAAAAGUUGUAAGAAGCCAGUGCUACUCACAGUGCCUUCAACUCUUCCAGAAGGUUUAUGGUUUGGAUUAUUUCCUAAGUCCCAUUAUAAAAUGAAGUCAAGAUUUGCACCUGUUCA